AUGAGUGUGUCCUCGUCUUUUGGGUGUCCGGCGUGCGCAGGGCGCUUCCCGUUUAUCGAACGGAAGGUGGGUCGUCGGCUGAUGCUGGUGGGGGAGAAAAGGGGAUUCAUUUCUUAUCCCGUUGUUGUUACUGAAGAACUGUUUGUCUUUUACCUCGGGCAGCGGCACAGUUGUUGGCAUUGCGAAGUAGACUUUUGCGACGGAUCUUCGGUGAAAGAGGUGGUGCGAAGCGAAACCGCGCCACCAUCCAGCGCCUGCCCGAGUCGCAAUGACGUCGCUAACCCCGUCACGGAGACUGGAUUGGAUGGAACUGCGGUGACGGUACUCGUACCGACCGACUCUGCGGCGGACCCGGACUUGACGAGCUUGACGGAAAAGCGGCGAUUGAGGAUGAUGACAAUGGUGAUGUGGACAGUGUUCAUUUUUAUUUUUCCUGGUGCAUUGUCAUUCGCCUGCAUGGAUGAGGAAGGCCAAGCUGUUGACUGGUGGGUUGCUUACAAGCUGCCAAAAUUGAAGACGUUGGCUGAUAACAACGUUCAGGAUGGUCAUGCGUAUGCAUAUUUCACCGCGAAGGAUGUUUCUUAUAACUGGGGACUGGACAAACCAGGAUUUGUUGCACGACCUCCGAAGAAUGGCUGGAUGUUGUCUUCCAAAUCAAUAGGAGAUGUGGAUAGUUUAAUUGGUCGAACAUUGGAUCCGCUGUAUUCGAAUGCUUCAAAAUCUCAAUUUGUUCUCCUGUACAACGAUGAAUUUCCAAAUGGUACCGUGAGCUUCACAAAGGGUCAUACGAAAGGAGCUGUUGUGAUGGAUGAUCAUGGUUCUGGAUUUUGGCUAAUACAUAGUGUUCCGCACUUCCCUCCAAAGCCAGAAGAUGGGUUCGGGUAUCCAGCUUCUGGCAGAACCUAUGGUCAAACUUUGUUUUGUGUAUCUUUUGCCGGUGGGGAAUCCCCGGAAACAAUUGGAAAGCAAUUGACUGUCAACGAGCCUUUCAUCUAUUUCAAGGAUAUCCCAGCCUGGGUGCAAUUGCGGUUUCCUUCCAUGUUUGAGGCUGCGGGAGGAAAGAAAACCACGACUGCAGGACCCGUCAGUCAAAUUUUGGAGCUUUUCACAAGUUCUGGGAUGUCAAUGACUAGCUUUGCAAAAUCACAUUCAUUUAAUCAGGAUUUGUAUUCGGAGUUGGUUGCGCCAGCUUUGAGAUCUGAGUUGAUUGCUGAAACUUGGCGUCACGGAGAAGGUCUUCUUCAGAGCAAUUGCAGUACAAUAUUCAAAGUUUUGAAUGCGGAAAACUUGCUCUUCCAAAAUAUCAAUGUUGGGUUCAGCUCUGAAAAAGACCACGCGAAGUGGGCAAUUUCUUCAGAUUCAUCAAAUCCCUGGGUUUGUGUCGGAGACAUAAAUCGAUCAAAAACCCAGUUUUUGCGUGCUGGUGGAACUCUGUGUUUCAGGGAAAGAAUCGUCUGGCUGUGGUUUGAUGCCAUUCUAUCUGAUGACAUUGAUGAUGUGGCUCUGAAAACUCUGAAUGGGUUGCGCAGGAAAAUCUGGAAAUGGGUUGACAAGACGUUUGGCAAAAAUGUAUCCGCGCUCAAGAGGACAUUUUCCUCGAUGUCUUUGACCUCUUCUCUUCAGAAUCUAACAGUUCCUAGUCUCUCAGAGCAAACUCCUUUUGAAAUUGAGCAACGUCCGCAAAAACGUUGUAAGUUGGCCGAGAUUGCCUCCGAAGCACUGGGAAAUGUCCAUUUUGAAAACGCUUGUCAGGAUAAAACUGUGUCCUGCUCUGAUGGACUUCACGAGAAGCAGCUGGAGUGUGAAGUUUUGAAUUCACAAGGUGUUGUUCCGAGCUCUGAAGAAGUGGAUCGCCACUGUUCUGCAAAGGAAAAUUCAUAUGAAUCACUCACAUUAAGCAGUAACUCGAGAAGCGUUUCCUCGGAGAACUUGAGAGGACUUGAAGAAACCCGGUCACUUUCAUUCGUGUCUGAAAAUCAGACUGCUUCUGCAGCUGAUUUCCUUCAGCAAACAAUCUCGCACGCGUCAAUUGAGCUGGACUCCGAAAUUUGGUCAGCUGCUGAUAGUAAGCCGGCAGAUAAUCCUGAAUUCUGUUGAAUAUAAAAAGGAAAACCUUAGAGCAUAAUUUUUUGACUCUCUCUGAUCAAUGGUGUAUUUCGAAAUGAUUUAGAAGAAUUACAAUUCUGUUGGUGUUUCUCUUUUAUUUGAAAGAUGAA